AUGACUGUUGAAAUCCCUCUAGUCAACGGUACCUCACAAUAUACCGUUGAAGCGUAUUCCAAUGUUGCGUAUCAGGCAACUGUAGAAUUUUAUGAGAAGCUUCUCCAACUAAAAAGUCUUUCCGCUUCAUCAACGUUGACCCUAUUCCACAGCGACUCUUUGUCGUUGGAGGUCGUUUUAAAGGAAGACGCUCAAAAGCAAAGCGCAGCUGAUGCCCGUCGUAAGGACAUCCUCAACUCUCGCGAUAGCUGCGAUUGGAGAUCCCACGUGUCAGACUCGAUAGUGUUCAACACUGCUGACAUUGAAAUCAUUUCCUCCAAGUUGCGCGCUGAUUCCAUUCGGUACCAGGCAUUCCCAACAGAGCUAUAUGCCAUGGAAUUGUACACCGUCGACCCUAUGGGUAACAUCGUUGGUGUUACCAAGACCAAGAACGCAGUCAGUACAAUGCCAACAGCUCCUCCAGCUGCCAAAGGCUCCUUUGCUUCCACUGCUCCAUCUUCAUCUCAAUCGACUGUGGACUUGUCAUCUGCAGUUUCCACUGCAAAGGAAUAUCCUUCUCUGCCAACCAAAAACGGUAAUGUUCAAAAGGCUAUUGCUGUUAUGACCUCUGGUGGUGAUGCUCCAGGUAUGAACGCCAAUGUCCGUGCCAUUGUCCGUACUGCCAUCUUCAAAGGCUGCCGUCCUUACGUAGUUAUGGAAGGUUACGAGGGUUUGGUUCGUGGUGGUCCAGAAUACAUCAAGGAAUUCACCUGGGAAGAUGUCCGUGGUUGGUCAAGCGAGGGUGGUACUAACAUUGGUACCGCUCGUUGUAUGGAAUUCAGAGAACGUGCUGGUAGACUUUUGGGUGCUCAACACUUGAUUGAAGCCGGUGUCGACGCUUUGAUUGUUUGUGGUGGUGACGGUUCCUUGACUGGUGCUGACUUGUUUAGAUCUGAAUGGCCAUCCUUGAUCAAGGAAUUGAGAGAAACUAGAAGAAUUUCUGACGAACAAUUCACAAGAUACCAACACUUAAACAUCUGUGGUACCGUUGGUUCCAUUGAUAACGAUAUGUCUACUACAGAUGCUACCAUCGGUGCUUACUCCUCUUUGGACAGAAUUUGCAAGGCUAUCGAUUACAUCGAAGCCACAGCGAACUCUCACUCAAGAGCCUUUGUCGUCGAAGUUAUGGGAAGAAACUGUGGUUGGUUGGCUUUGAUGGCCGGUAUUGCCACGUCUGCUGACUAUAUCUUGAUACCUGAAAAGCCAGCUUCUUCGCGUGAGUGGCAAGAUCAAAUGUGUGACAUUGUCGCUAAGCACAGAGCAAGAGGAAAGAGAACCACUAUUGUCAUUGUUGCUGAGGGUGCCAUCGCUGCAGACUUGACUCCUAUUUCUCCAAAGGAUGUCCACAAGGUUUUGGUUGAUAGAUUGGGAUUGGACACUAGAGUUACAACUUUAGGUCACGUUCAAAGAGGUGGUACUGCUGUCGCAUUCGACCGUAUUUUGGCUACGCUUCAAGGUGUUGAAGCAGUCAAUGCUGUUUUGGACUCUACCCCUGAUACUCCAUCUCCUUUGAUCGCCAUUAAUGAAAACAAAAUUGUGCGCAAGCCAUUAGUGGAAUCGGUCAGAUUAACUAAAUCUGUUGCUGAGGCUAUCCAUGCCAAAGAUUUCAAAAAGGCUAUGGGCUUAAGAGACACAGAAUUUGUUGAGCAUUUGAACAACUUCAUGGCCAUCAACUCUGCUGACCACAAUGAGCCUAAGUUGAGCCAUGACAAGAGACUAAAAAUCGCCAUCGUCAACGUUGGUGCCCCAGCCGGUGGUAUCAACUCUGCUGUCUAUUCUAUGGCUACCUACUGUAUGUCUCAAGGUCACAGACCUUAUGCCAUCUAUAAUGGCUGGUCUGGUUUGGCUAGACACGAAAGUGUUCGCGCCUUGGACUGGCUAUCCAUGCUGGGAUGGCAAAGCCGUGGUGGUUCUGAAAUCGGUACCAACAGAACUACCCCAGAAGAGGCAGACAUUGGUAUGGUUGCCUACUACUUCCAAAAGUACAAAUUCGACGGUCUUAUUAUCGUUGGUGGUUUCGAAGCUUUUGUUUCUCUACAUCAACUAGAAAGAGCAAGAGACAAUUACCCUGCAUUCAGAAUUCCAAUGGUUUUGAUUCCAGCUACCCUAUCAAACAACGUCCCAGGUACUGAAUACUCUUUGGGUACUGAUACUGCAUUGAACGCUCUAAUGGAGUACUGUGACGUUAUCAAGCAAUCAGCCGCUUCGACUAGAGGCAGAGCUUUCGUUGUUGAUGUUCAAGGUGGUAACUCUGGUUUCUUGGCUACUAACGCCGCCCUGGCUGUUGGUGCUCAAGUUUCUUACGUUCCUGAGGAAGGUAUUUCCCUAGAGCAAUUGUCUCAAGACAUUGAAACUCUAAGUGAUUCCUUUGACAAGGCCCAAGGUAGAGGUAGAUUCGGUAAGUUGAUCUUGAAGUCCAAGAACGCUUCCAAGGUCUUCACCCCAGACGUCUUGGCCAGAGUCAUUACAGCCGAGGCCAAUGGUAAAUUCGAUGCCAAAUCUGCUAUUCCAGGUCACGUACAACAGGGUGGCUUACCAUCCCCAAUCGACAGAACUAGAGGUACUAGACUUGCUAUCAGAGCUGUCGGAUAUAUUGAGGCUAACCAGGAAGUCAUUCGUGAAGCUCGUGCUGACGAAGACGAGUUCGACCCAGAUGACAAAACUAUCUCUGAGACUGCUGCCGUUUUGGGUAUCAAGGGUUCUCAUGUCACUUUCACUUCGAUUAGACAACUAUACGAUUUCGAGACCGAAGUGGCCAAGAGAAUGCCAAAGGUCAUCCACUGGGAGGGCACCAGGGCUAUUGCUGACCAUCUAGUUGGCAGAAAGAAGGUGGAAACUGACUAA